AUGGUCCAGCCCAUUGGCAAGGCCGCCGACCUCCUCUGUCAGUUCUUUUGCCAGGGCAUCGCCGACCUCUUCGAGUCCCGCGCCAUCAUGGGACGGGCUCCUCCUGGCGUUCCCCAGGAAGAAUUUGGCCGUUGCUACGACCAGAUGAAUGCUGUUACUGUCAAUGCUGACAGCCCCGGCGCCGCCGGAGAAAUUCGGCUCAUGGGUGUCCCGCCUGUUUGCAUGAAUCCUGCCAACGUACUGGUUGGCGACCCCGUCAACGGCCCUUAUGCCCUCCCGUGCGGCUCCGACUGCUUGCACUACACCGGACUCAACGAGCAGCAGUUCAACGAGCUUUCCGACAAGCUUCACGCUGCCGCUUCCUAA